AUGUCUAGUGAAAGUGUGAUCGUUGGAGAACAGAUACCAUUGUCAUUGAAUGAAAACGCUCGACAUAUAAACUGGACAGUAAUUGUAGUCACAGCAUCAGAUCAAGAAAGUGCUUAUGCAUUUGAUUUUAUUCUACGACAACGACAACGUUAUGGAUUAAUAGAUAAAUCAACUAUUAUACUCACUGUGAAUGAUCCACAAGAAAAACUCGGCAGUGGUGGAGCAACAUUGAAUGCACUCUUAGUUGCUACAGAAAUCUUGAGUGCUAAGGCUGGCUACUCUCUUAUCAAUACAAGUGUCUUACAUUCCGCACAUAUAUUAAUUCUUCAUACAGGUCGUAUAUUUCCAUAUGAUGCGUGUCAUCGUUCAUUAGCAACAUUACCUGCUCGUUUUGGACCGAAUCGUCCAUGGCUUUUAACCAAUUUAGAUUUACUUAUACAUGAUUUUAAUAAUCUUAUUGCUUCAAGCAAAUUGCCUUAUGGUGUUUGGAUUAGUAGUACUGAUGCAUUUGUAACAUUGCCGAAAAAUGGUAUUGAAGUUCCAUUUGAUAGUGACAUUCAUGCAUUAGCAACGUUAGAAGAUGUUCAAUAUGCCGCCGGGCAUGGUGUUUACAUUAUUAAUAAAGAAAAAAAUAUUGUUACAAAUAUUUUAUAUCGUGCCUCGAUUGAUGAAUUAAAUAAACAUACAAACAAUGAUCACAAAGUGCCAACUGUAGAUUUUCAUGCUAGUCCACCGCUUGAUAGUUGUACUUACGAAGGUAUUGAUAGUGGAUCACAACCGAGUAAACUAUCACUCUAUUUUGAUUUUCUACUUGCUACUUGUACUGAUAUUUCAUUCGAUGAAUAUUUAUCAUCACAUUAUCGAAAUUAUACAAAUGAUUUAAUAAAACAAUCAGAAAUUUUUCUAUGGAAUCAAUUAAAUGGAAAAACAAAAUUUACAUGUGGUAUUCUUCCGAAUAGCUGCCAUUUUCAAUACAUCGAUACACAAUGGCCUUAUUUAAAUAAAUAUAAUAUUCAUUCUCAACGUGAAGAUAUUCAAUGGUCAUCAAUUCAACAUUCAAUUAUUGAUAACAAACAAAUACAAACACAAAAUUUAUCAAUUAUAAAUAGUAUUGUUUAUAAUGAAUGUAAUUUAGGUGAAAAUAUAUCAAUACAUAAUUCUAUUGUUGGAAAUCGUGUUACACUAGGAGAUAAUUGUUGUAUUCUAUCAGUUGAUUUCUCUAAAGAAGAUUUUCAUUUAACACUUCCAUCUGAUGUUAUUAUUCAACGUAUUAUAUUAUCAUUACAAAGAACAAGUGACACAUCAAAUAAUCAAUUAGAUGUUUAUACAAUGAUUGGAAUUCAUGAUGAUGUGAAUCGAGUAUUUACGGAUAAAAAUUUUACUAUAUUAAAUAUGUCAUGGAAUCAAUUUCAAAGACAAACUGGUAUUGAUAUUUGGGAUUUAUGGCCAGAUUUACAGAAUGAUCCCGAAAAAAGAACAUUAGCAAAUGCUCAUUUUUAUCCAGUAUUACAUUUUAAUAAUAUUUCAUCAUUAAAUGAUGAUUUACUUUGGCUUUUUAAUCCAUCCAAUGAAUUACGACAACAAUGGAAAUCAUCAUGGCGUUUAUCACUUAAUGAUAUAUUAAUUCGAGCUGAUCUCUAUAAAGAAAUAAUUCGUCGUCAAGAUUUAUUUCAUAGAAUAUCUCGACUAAAAAUUCUUGAUUUAUUAUUUCUUCAUGGAAGCAAACAAAAAGUUGAUGAUUCAUAUUUAGCAUUAUUAAAACAAACUAUUGCUGAUGGACAUAGUAAAGAAAUACUUGAUGCAUUUGAUCGUGCAUGUUUAACUAAUUAUAAUAAAUUACAAACAUUAUCUUGCCUUUUUUCAGCUAUUGCUAAUACAUUAGCUGAAUUAGCUGGUGGAGAUCGUGCUGGUGUUCGUUCUGGACCGUAUCUUAAUCGUGAAUGGCAAUAUGCAUUAUCAAUGUUCGAAGAAGGAAAAUAUCUUUUAAGUAUUCAACAUUUAAUUAAACAAAGACAAUUAUGGAUGGAUAGAUCUGAUCUUUUAAUACGAGCUGCUCGUCAUUAUGAUGGUGCCACACAAACAUUGAUUAAACAAGGUGUGUUAACUUGUCGAUCGAAAUGUUCUAUUGAUAAUACUAAUAAAUCAAUUUUAUCACAGCCAAAACAUCGACAAGUUACAGUAGAAUGUCCUGUUCGUCUUGAUUUAUCUGGUGGAUGGACUGAUACACCUCCAAUUUGUUAUGAACAUGGUGGUAGUGUAUUAAAUGUUGCUAUUACAAUAAAUGAACAACGACCUAUAGGUGCUCGUGCACGUCUCGUUGAAUCAACAUCAGUGUCAUUUGUUACAUUUAUUGUCAAAGGUGAACAUGAAAAAGAUGAUAAGACGUAUGAAUUACAUCAAUUAAUACAAUUUACAGAUUAUAAUCAACCACAACGUCCGUGUGCAUUAUUAAAAACAUGUUGUAUUUUUACGGGUAUUAUUGAUAUAAAUGCAACACAAGAAAUGACAUUAAAUGAACAAUUGAAAAAGAAUUUAUUUGGUUAUAGUUUAAUACUUGAAGCAUGGUCAAAUGUACCUGUUGGUUCAGGUCUUGGAACAAGUUCAAUAUUAGCUGGAGCAAUUUUACUUGCAUUAUGGCAUCUUAUUGGUAUUGAAAAUAUUACAGAUAGUAUGAUUAUUCAUGGUGUUUUGGUUGUUGAACAAAUGAUGACAACAGGUGGUGGUUGGCAAGAUCAAAUUGGAGGUUUAUUACCAGCAUUUAAAUUAGGAACAUCUAAUGCUCAAUUACCACUUGAAGUUAAUUGGCGUCAACUUAAUGUUAAAGAUACUAAUAAUAAUAAUACUAAAUUUUGGGAUGAUUUCGAUGAACGAUUAAUACUAGUUUAUACAGGUCAAACACGUUUAGCACGAAAUCUUUUACAAUCAGUUUUACGUAAUUGGUAUUCAGGUAUAAUAAGUCAAUUAUUUGAUGAACUUGAAGAAAAUGCUAUACAAGCAGCUGAAGCUGUUGAACAAGGAAAUUUAUUAAAGUUGGGUGAAUGCAUGUCAAUGUAUUGGUCACAAAAAUUACGUGUUGCACCAGGUUCUGAACCAGAAACAUGUCGUCGAUUAAUUGAUCUUCUAACGCCAUAUAUAUAUGGUGUUACAUUGGCUGGUGCUGGUGGUGGUGGAUUUCUUGCUGCUCUUGCUAAAACAUCAGAUGAUGCUCGAAAAUGUCGAGAAUUAAUAAAUCAAGAAAACAUUCCCAAUGUAUCUCUUUUUUCGGCUCAAAUUGAUCGACAUGGGCCAGUUAUUUCAUUUUCGUGA